AUGGGUCCUCCUCCGAGGGCGAGCCAAUGGCGAGGAUGCGCCGAGCACGGCACAGAUCCCUACAGACUCUAUGUGGCCACUGCGGUACAUAAGGACUGCUUCGUGAUUGCGAAGCAGUCAUGUCCGCUCGCUCCCCGCCUUGCGUGCGAACGGAUCUGGGAACUGGCUGUGGCCAGGAGUCUGUGGCUAUAUGCCCUCUCGCUUAGAAGCCUAUAUCUUAUAAGCCUACAAGCUGUCAACCAAGUUGCUUCAAUCAUCAAUAUUCCCCAACUUAUCAACUUUUCCUCGGAAUUGGUCGAACGAAUCCGAUCGUAUUUACCAGGAAAUGCUCUGUUCUGGCGGGCUGUCGCCGCUCUGACAGUUGCAUCUUCGCUGCCCGACCUUCCAAUCUCUGCUGAGCAACGCGUGGAAAUACGUCACAUAUUGCACUGGGAAAGAGGCGAAGAAAUAGCGACAAUAGGACCCAGAGGUCAACACGAUGUUCUCCGACUUACUUUCGACGUGGAUGGAAUCCGAGAGAUUGAGCGGUUUUGCCAGCAACCGCAGUGCGAAGAUUGGCAAAUGAACAAUCGAAGAUUCGCCUACGCUCUCUUGGACACAAAGCGCGACGAAUUUUCGCGUAGAUUUGUCUACUGCAGAAACGGCCUUUUGCGACUCCUCCUCGAUGCCGACGAUAAAUAUUACGACCAUGAUCAUGAUAUGGAUAUACCCUUCCUACCACGCGUUUGGGACACGCCCACGCCUCCGGACUUGACCAUGUCUAAUAAUUUGUUCCACCACGAGUUAUUCGAGGUCUUCUCAACCGGGCAUUAUGUCAGUCUAGAUUCUAUCUCUGGCCUUAUAUUUGUUUAUCGCGGCAAAGAGCUCGUGGCAAUACACCCUCAUCGCGGCGAUGACGUUGAGAUGGACUGUCCUAAAACCUCAGCUUCCGGCUCUUCCAGGGUGCAGGAAGCCUGCUUCUUCCUGCCUGUUACUAAGGAGGAUACCAUCCUCGGAAUAGGUGUAGGGGAUUAUCAGAAUGCGUUUGUGGUAGUGGUCAAGAAACGUCUGUCUGGCGAGACUGUCAUCGGCCUGCCUUGCCUCGAACCGCCCGAGGAUAACUUCAAUUGGGAGGGCCCUGACGAGGAUGAAGAAGACUUUUUUGAUAAACGUGACUUCAUGUGGGGCCAACGUGAUCCGGUAGCCCUGGUCUACGGAUUUUUGGGUAAGAGAAAGUAUUUGGACCUGUUGGGGGGCUAUCGGGGUACUCGUCUUGCAAAACCUAAAUGGGAAGGUUGGCGAGGGACGAUUCCUCAUCUGUGGCCCAGCGGCCUGUUCAGCUUGGACGAUGAGGAGGAUCUCCGCUUCUACACUCGCGCUCCCCUCCGCGGCGUCGUUGCCGCCCAGAUGUUUUUCUAUCCCUCGCAUCCGAAACGCCCCAAACAACGUGUCUGUUCGGGGAUCAUCUUUCACUACGACAACGGCGGCUCGCGGGUGGUCGGAGAAAUUCGACUCGAGGACCGCGCCAAACUUGCGGGCGAUAUGAUCAUCAACCCCAAGCUCAUUUGCCUGGAGUGCGAGAUACUCCCAGGGUUUGACACGCCGAACAUCCAUUUCGUGACGGAGUCCGAGAUCGAGAGUGAAGCACAUCCUGACGAAGCGGGCUGGUCCUUCGACGAUUGUCCCCAGUUUCCAGGAAUCGCGAUGACAUGCCACCCCAUGAGAGGCAUAAUCAACUGGUGGUUCACUGCACGUCAACGGAACAGCAUUGAGAUUCAUGAAUGGGCAGACGAAGUCUCAGAGGAUUAAUGUUGACUUGAGAUACAUGAUUCUUGUUCAUAAUCAUGGCCGACACUGGGAAAGGGCGGUGGAUAGCAAAUAUAUAACCACCAGUCUGAUGGACACAGGUAGAGGACGUGUGUUUCAUGGUCUGUAAAUCGCUACCAACGAUACAAUUGUAGAAAUGGAACGGAGAUGGAAGAAGAAAAAGACGAGGGAGGAGGAAUACGCAGCCAGCCACCAUCGGUAAUGGGCGGCGUUUAGCCAAAGGAUACAGCAUGCGAUCUCCCUAGCCAAUACUUGCACUAUCCUGGACCUCAAGACGUGAGUAAUAAGUU